GUAUCCUGAGUCUACACCUUGUCUGACCGCUACACAACUCCAGAUUCUAGAUACUCCAGACUCAGAUGUACUUUAUACUCAGGGAUGCGCUGAUAUGAUGGUAGAGUUUGUGGAGAAUAAUAUUAUAUUUCUGUUUGCAGCAGGAAUAGGAAUUCUACUUUUAGAGGUGUUCAGCAUGGUGCUUUCUAUGUGCCUCUGUUGUACAAUAAAGAAAAUUCGCGACAUGAAGGCGUAACAAGAUAUAAACAAAAUAUUUGACAAUGCAACUUUUUAAACCAGUUUUUUAUCAAAGGUUCAAACUUUUCUCUACACACUUUUAAGUAUUGUAACGAUGUACAAGCAGAGAAAGAAACUUCUUUCACUGUUACCUAUUAAUCUAUAUAUCUUUAUGUACAAUUGUUUUUAUAUAUUCUUUAUUGUUCAAUGUUAAACCAUGUAGCUUACCCUUUUGUACACUGUACCCAAUAAUCUCAGUUGCAAAAUCUCAAAUUUAGUUAUGUAAAAUGUAUGAUAUAUUUCUGUAAUGGGGGAGGAAUAACACAAAAAUAAGAACUAAGCGACGAAUCUGAAGGUCGUCUUACAUUAAAAAAGUUCUUCAGAGAUGUCUUGUAACGUUUAUCAUAUUUUCAUUUUACAAUAAAAUAUAAAUUUAUGGAAGGUAAAUUUGGUCAAAUGAAAAUAGUUCAAAUGCUUAUUUUUCUCAAACUCCAAAUGUUCUUAUAUUUUAUCUUCUUGUAAAAUAAAAAAUUCAGUCUGCACAAUUAAUAGUUCCUUACAUUCA